UUUAAUGGACCAACAAAAUCAAGAAUUUUUUAUUCCAUAAGCUUUCAAGACCUCACUGGUCUCUUCUUCAGAUGUAGGUAGCAGAAAAAUACUCUCAGAUCUGCUAAUUCAUUCAACUUGGGACAAAAUGUGGUUGAAACUGAUUCUCAUCUUUAAUUUUAUAUAUGCAUCAGGAAGCCAGUUCACAGGUCGCUGUACUGAGUACCCCUCAGUGUGCUGUAAAGGGGUAAACAGUGCGUGCAGGAGGGGGAACUGCUACUGUGAUGACUACUGCUCUGUAAACUCUGACUGUUGCCCGGACUAUGCUGCUGCUUGUAAUGCAGGUGUUUUCACAACCACAACACCACCUUCUACAACACCUCUCAAGGCACCUACUGUUACAUCCACAGCAACUCUUGGAAAUACUAGUCUUUCUAUGUCUAGUACAGUCAACGCUGUAGUUGGCAAAUUUAGCUCAAUACCAAGUUCAAUUACUACAAAUUAUUCCACAAUAACCUCAGCACAAAGUAUUGUCACCAUGAGCCCAAAUAUAACUUCAACAUUGACUGCCAUACCCUUUAACAUUUCCACCACAUUAUCUCCUCUUAACUCAAUUCUAUCCACAAAAUAUUUUACAACAUCCAGUACUAUUGUAAGUGUGAAUACAACAAGCACUACCUCAAUAAUUCAGUCAUCUAGUGCACUAAGCAGUAGCACACUUACACCCAUAUCCAAUAAAAAUAGUCCUAGCAGCAACUCAGCACCAUUUACAAUCAUAUCACUUAACCCAGCAAAUGUAUCCAAUACUAUUGCACCAUCUCCUUAUGCUUCUAGCACUGUUAGAACAAUAUUUUCUGACACUUCCACAACCUUCACAACAAUAUUCUCCAACACUCCCAAAACAAUUAGAACAUCCCCUGAUAUAUACAGUACCAUCUCAACAAAAUCUAGUAAUACAUUUAGUACUAUCACAGCAACAUCUAAUUCAUCUAGCAGUAUCACACUAGUACCCAUGAAUGUGUCUAGCAUCAGCACAACGCUACUCAAUACACCCAACAUUACCACAUUCAUAACACCUAAUACAUCUAACAUCAUGUCACCAUCUCCUAAUACAUCUAACAUCAUGUCACCAUCUCCUAAUACAUCUAGCAUCAUGUCGUCAUCUCCUAAUACAUCGAGCACCAUGUCACCAUCUCCUAAUACAUCUAACAUCAUGUCACCAUCUCCUAAUACAUCUAGUAUCAUGUCGCCAUCUCCUAAUACAUCUAGCACCAUGUCACCAUCUCCUAAUACAUCUAACAUCAUGUCACCAUCUCCAAAUACAUCUAGCAUCAUGUCGCCAUCUCCUAAUACAUCGAACAUCAUGUCACCAUCUCCUAAUAUAUACAGCACAGUUAGAACAUCUGAUAUUUACAGCACUAUCACAACAAAAUCUAGUAAUACAUUAAGUACUAUCACUGCAACAUAUAAUUCCCCUAGCAUCAGCACAACGCUACUCAAUACACCCAACAUUACCACAUUCAUAACACCUAAUACAUCUAACAUCAUGUCACCAUCUCCUAAUAUAUCUAACAUCAUGUCACCAUCUCCUAAUACAUCUAGCAUCAUGUCGCCAUCUCCUAAUACAUUGAACGUCAUGUCACCAUCUCCUAAUACAUCUAGCAUCAUGUCACCAUCUCCUAAUACAUCUAACAUCAUGUCACCAUCUCCUAAUACAUCAAACAUCAUGUCACCAUCUCCUAAUAUAUACAGCACAGUUAGAACAUCUGAUAUUUACAGUACUAUCACAACAAAAUCUAGUAAUACAUUAAGUACUAUCACUGCAACAUAUAAUUCCCCUAGCAAUAUCACACUGUUACCCAUUAAAGUGUCUAGUAUCAGCACAACGCUUCUCAAUACACCCAACAUUACCACAUUCAUAACACCUAAUACAUCUAGCACAGUUAGAACAUCUCCUGAUAUAUACAGCAUCAUCACAACAAAAUCUAGUAAUACAUUAAGUACUAUCACAGCAAAUUCUAAUUCCCCUAGCAGCAUAACACUUACACCCAUUAAUGUGUUUAGCAUCAGCACAACACUACUCAAUACACCCAACCCUACUACAUUCAUAACUCCUAAUACAUCUAUCAUCAUGCCACCAUCUCCUAAUACAUCUAACAUCAUGUCACCAUCUCCUAAUACAUCUAACAUCAUGUCACCAUCUCCUAAUACAUCGAACAUCAUGCCACCAUCUCCUAAUACAUCUAACAUUGUGUCACCAUCUCCUAAUACAUCGAACAUCAUGUCACCAUCUCCUAAUACAUCGAACAUCAUGUCACCAUCUCCUAAUACAUCGAACAUCAUGCCACCAUCUCCUAAUACAUCUAACAUUGUGUCACCAUCUCCUAAUACAUCGAACAUCAUGUCACCAUCUCCUAAUACAUCGAACAUCAUGUCACCAUCUCCUAAUACAUUGAACAUCAUGUCACCAUCUCCUAAUAUAUACAGCACAGUUAGAACAUCUGAUAUAUACAGCACUAUCACAACAAAAUCUAGUAAUACAUUAAGUACUAUCACUGCAACAUCUAAUUCCCCUAGCAAUAUCACACUAGUACCCAUUAAAGUGUCUAGUAUCAGCACAACGCUUCUCAAUACACCCAACAUUACCACAUUCAUAACACCUAAUACAUCUAGCACAGUUAGAACAUCUCCUGAUAUAUACAGCACCAUCACAACAAAAUCUAGUAAUACAUUAAGUACUAUCACAGCAACAUCUAAUUCCCCUAGCAAUAUCACACUAGUACCCAUUAAAGUGUCUAGUAUCAGCACAACGCUUCUCAAUACACCCAACAUUACCACAUUCAUAACACCUAAUACAUCUAGCACAGUUAGAACAUCUCCUGAUAUAUACAGCACCAUCACAAUAAAAUCUAGUAAUACAUUAAGUACUAUCACAACAAACUCUAAUUCCCCUAGCAGCAUAACACUUACACCCAUUAAUGUGUUUAGCAUCAGCACAACGCUACUCAAUACACCCAACACUACUAUAUUCAUAACUCCUAAUACAUCUAACAUCAUGUCACCAUCUCCUAAUACAUCUAACAUCAUGUCACCAUCUCCUAAUACAUCUAACAUCAUGUCACCAUCUCCUAAUACAUCUAACAUCAUGUCACCAUCUCCUAAUACAUCUAACAUCAUGUCACCAUCUCCUAAUACAUCUAGUAUCAUGUCGCCAUCUCCUAAUACAUCUAGCACCAUGUCACCAUCUCCUAAUACAUCUAACAUCAUGUCACCAUCUCCUAAUACAUCUAACAUCAUGUCACCAUCUCCUAAUACAUCUAACAUCAUGUCACCAUCUCCUAAUACAUCUAGUAUCAUGUCGCCAUCUCCUAAUACAUCUAACAUCAUGUCACCAUCUCCUAAUACAUCUAACAUCAUGUCACCAUCUCCUAAUACAUCUAACAUCAUGUCACCAUCUCCUAAUACAUCUAACAUCAUGUCACCAUCUCCUAAUACUUCUAGCACAAUCACAGCCAUCCCUCCUAGUACAUUAAGCCCCAUUACAACAGCUCCUAAUAUUAACAGUGUCACUACAACAAUCUCUCCUAUUAUAUAUAGCAGCAUCCCAACAAAACCACUUGAUGCAUCCAGCUUUGUCACAACUAUUUCUUCUAAUAUACUCCUUACCACUAUAACAUCUCUAAGUAAAACCAAUGUUACUACAACACUCUUUCCUAAUACAUCCAACAUCAUUACAGCAAAAUAUUUUAAUAAUAUUUUGACUACUAAACUCAACAGCAUGACAACAAAAGCUAAUGAAUCUAUUUCCAUCACAACAUUGCCUAAUAUAUCUAACAGCUUUGCAUCUUUCUCCCCUAGUGCAUCCAGCACCGUCACAACACCUGCUAAAUCUUCCAGCACCACCACAUCUCUAACUUCACUUAGCACCAGUUCAUCCAAACCUCCUAUAGCACCCAAUACCGUAACACCAUUUUCUUUUAACAUUUUAAGUACCAACAUAACUGCUCCUGAAACAUCCAGCACCUUCACAAACAUAUCUCCUAAUGUAUCUACACCCAUAAAAACUUCUCCAAAUGUAUUUAACACAAUGACAACAUAUCCUAAUAAAUAUAGUUCAGCAACUUAUCCCAAUACAUUAAGCACCACUGGAGCAUACCCUAAUGAGAAUAGUGUUGUGACAACAAAAUAUAAUGCAUCCAGUGUCAGUGCAAACAUUAUUUCUAAUUUGUCUAGCAAUAAUUUUAUUACAUUUAAUUUAACUCCAGUUCUGUCAGAAUCUACACCCAGCAUGUUACCUUCUCUUCCUACAAAGAAUAGCAUUACUCAGGUGCCAUCAUCUUACACACUCAACCCUAUUACAAAAUAUAAUAAUUCAAUUCCUGGCAGCGCCAUCACAGUAACAUCUUCUAAUACAACCAAGAAUAGCACAACAAUCUCUCCUAAUACUUCCAGAUUCAUCUCAACAGAUUUUUCUAAUUUAUCCAACAUGUUCAAUACAUCAAGUUUAUUUACAGUUAUGCCUCAGACAAUUAGCACAUCACCAUAUCUUCCUAGCAAGGACAGUGCUGGGCAGACAGUAACAACAAGCCUUACAUCAGUACUUAAUAAUAUAAACAGCACAUCCAAAUUAAGCUACAACUAUGCUCUAAAUCCUGGUCCAUAUUUAUCUACAACUGAUAUAAUUCCAUCUAUUGACAGCAAGAACAUAGCAAUUGGUACUAGCCCAGUGACUCUCAGCUCCACUACAAUAUACCCCCUAGAUUCUAAAAUAAAGAAUGAUAUCAGCACUGCCAUAGCAAGCACACAGAAUGCUAUAGGAACAUCUGCUACUUCCAAAACAACCGUAUCUCCUUUCAGUUUUUCAAAUCUAUCUUAUACAUUGACAUCUCUAAACAGACUGUCUCCUUCGAAUGAAUGGGCUUCCAUAUCUACUACUGCUGCAUUACCAGUUUUUAAACUGAUCUCAGGACCAUCCAGUGCCUUACCUACAUCAGUCGCUGCAGCAUACAAUGUGCAAAAAGUGGCUGCAGAUGAGAUGAUGAGUAUCCAGAACAAUCCAGGAGAUGUACUACAGGUGACAACUAGAGUGGCGAGUUCCACACCACUAGCCACCAGUCGCACCACCACCAGACCAGCACUGACUUCAGUCAUUAAUGCCACUCAGAUUCCAUAUCCAUCUCAACUAUCUUACAGUACCACAGCAUACAAUGUGCAAAAAGUGGCUGCAGAUGAGAUGAUGAGUAUCCAGAACAAUCCAGGAGAUGUACUACAGGUGACAACUAGAGUGGCGAGCCCCACACCACUAGCCACCAGUCGCACUACCACCAGACCAGCACUGACUUCAGUCAUUAAUGGCACUCAGAUUCCAUAUCCAUCUCAACUAUCUUACAGUACCACAGCAGUGUCCAGAAUAGCAACACAUUUAUCAACAGCUGGAAUAUCCCAAACUGAAGCAAUCAGUGAUCAGAUACACUCAGGCAGCAGGACAAGUGCUUCCCAGUUAUCCAAUACAAGUUUGUUAGGUGUACUUGUGUCUGGAAUAAUGAUUUCAUCAGCACUAACUUGUAUAGCUUCUUCCUCAACUACUGUAACAAACCGCCCAGAAGGUACCAGUCAGACAACAAUGAAAAGUGCAGAAGGAAAAACUGCUAUGAAGAAAAGGAUAUCUGGCACAUUGUGGUCUCUGAUGAUCUCCAGUAUGAAAAACAAUGAAGAUUUUAAUAAUUUAACUUCUGAAACUGACCAGAAUGGUGAUCCCUGGUCUGGAAUAAUGCAGUUUCACAACAAUAGUCAAAGAGAGUUUAUAGAUCCUGAGAAGUCCUUGUCUUUUCUUCAUGUCAGUUAUUUGAGGAUGGUAUUGGAAGAAAGGCAUUCAGAAUCAGAACGGAUGUUUAAAAAUGUGCAGCAACUGCUUGACGAGUUCCCAGAAUAUGGCUUCAUGAGAAGACUGAGAUUAAUGAAGAGGGAACCAUUAAAUUAGAUGUCUCAGGAGACUGUGGAUUUAUGACUCUUCUGGCAGGAAAAUGUUAAUAAUAUCUAAUGUAAUAUAGUUUAAAAUAUAUAAUUAUGUACAAUGUUUUUCUUCUUAAUCAAAAAGUAUACAACUAUUCUAAACUAUGUUAAAGAUUAGAGAGACUAAUAUGACAAGACAAUUUGACUUUAUUUUAAAGCUGAUUUAACUCAUUAUCCUAUAGCUCUCCUGGGAUGUCCAGUUCUGGGAAAUAAACCCUUAUUGCAUGCACUCUCUGAACAAAGUUCCAUUGGCCUAUCAGCAAGUAUUGCAAUUAUUUGCCAAACCAGGGGCUAGUUUCUAAAAUGGGGCCAUUAUGAAAAAAACCUUACAUCAACGAAUUUCAUAGCUUCUUCAUUUUAAUAACCUGAUAAUACUCACUCUGCUAUUAUUUAGUGACAGUGUGUUAUACGCGUUUCUAUAUAAUAGCACUACUAAUGGCUGGUUAUUUGUAUUUAAUUGUUAUCCCAAUAGAGGAGACUCAGUGUGUGUGUGUGUGUGGGGGGGGGGGGGGUCAAGUGUUAGGCAUUGUGUAUAGGUUUUGCGGAGGAGUGGGGUCCCUUUGGGAUGUAUAGAAUUAAAUGUGUAUUUUUGAUGGUGGGAUCACAGGAUAGAAGCAGUCGGGAGAUCAUUUCCACAAUUAAGGUAACUUUUUUAGGGGGAUCUUGGCCAGGAUAGUAGAGGCUAGGUUAAUAGGGUUAUUUUCUAUGGGGGCUAAUUUAUGGUGGAUCAUUUAUUUUUCAUCCUUCAUAUUUAGCUUUGUAUACCAAUAAAAGGAGUUAAUUGACAGUUAAAAGUAGCUACACAAUAACUUUUAAUUUAAAUACAAAAAUAGGUCUGUGGGAGCAUUACAGGCUGCUGCUCAUAAUAGUAACAGUACCCUACAGUAUGUUCUAAUAAUUUCCAUAAAAUAUAGUAACUUUCACUAUUACUUUACUAUUACUGCAGUGCUUGAGUGGCGGCUCACUGCUAUUGAUAGUAACAGGACAGCCACUAUGCUGUGCUGUAGCUCUAUAACAAUCAGUAGUGUCUUACAUAAGUUCUAACAUCAUGGGGUUUUUUUUUGGGUGGGGGAGUAAAAUGAAUUUGAGGUCUAAUAACUUUAAUUAGCAAAUGAGGUAAAACCUUCCUUUAAAUACUGAGAAGCACAUUUUCUUAACAUAUGGACAAAAAGGUCAAACAACUGUUACUUGCAUAGCAAGUAGGGUUCUUUUUGCUAGAAACUACAAACACAGCAUAGAGUAUUUUGUGUCUACAAGAGGAAACAUAUUUUUAAUAUUUUACUACCUUAGCAUAAUACUCACAGGAUUAUGCACCUUUUUAUUCCCUAACAAAUGAAUCUUUUUAUCGUGAUUUAAUCAGAUUUGUUUUGUUCGUUUUGUAAUUUAUAUGAUUUUAUAAUGGAUUACUGAUUAUAUUCUUCAUUCUCUAUUAAAAUUCUGUAUUACAAUUUUAA